ACCAUCCUGUUGCUGAAACCACAAAUGUGAAAUCUCAAUUUUGUUUCUAGUAAUGAUGCCACACUGGACUGGAAAUGUCUAUUUUAAAAAUAAUUUAGAAUCUGAAAUGAUGACUUAUUUCCUGAGCUUGGGGUGUAGGUGUAAUGUAAGAUGACUGCAGGGUCAUGGCUUGAUUACAUUCUGACCUAAUGAUCAUGAUCAGAGUUUAUUGCAACACAGCUCUGAUGGGAGGAGGUCUGUUAUUAACACACUCAAUAAAACCAGCUUCAGUUUUGCAUUUUAGUUAAUAUUAACCCACUGAUGUAUGCUCAUUUCUCAGUGUAGAAUGAGUGGCAGUGUGUCACAUAGGGCUUGAUUGUGGCUCACUGUUUCCGGUUGAUCCUGCCUAAUCUUUGAACUCGCAAGUUAUGUAUUGGUUGUUUUGAUGAAAGGCAUCGUAAGGCAAACAACAGCAACAAGGAGCUUUUUUUUUUCUUUAAAGCCUGGACAAUUUUGACAACAUUGACUAUUUAGAUCCACAAUGGAGUCAGUGGUACAGAGUGAGCUCAUUCUCGCAGUUUACAUCAUCUCUUUCCUGUUAGGCCUGCCAGCCAACCUGCUGGCUUUCUAUGCCUUCUGUGUCAAGAUCCAUUCCAAUCCCCUUCCAACAGAUAUCCUGCUACUCAAUCUGACGGUCUCUGACCUGAUCUUCUUGAUCAUCCUUCCUCUCAAGAUGCAUGAGGCAGCGUCAGGCAUGAAAUGGAAUUUGCCCGAGUUCCUGUGCUCCAUCACCGCCUUCACCUUCUUCUCCACGAUCUACACCAGCUCCUUGCUGCUGAUGGCAGUGAGUGUGGUUCGCUACAUUGCAGUAGCUUUCCCGAUCACGUAUCAUACGCUGUGCAGACCAGUGUACGCGAUAGUUAUCAGUGUUGUUAUUUGGCUAAUCUCAGCCGCACACUGCAGCAUUACUUUCAUUACCCAGCACCAUCCAUCCCUGUCCGGAAAUGACACCACUUACUGCUAUGAGAACUUCACAGAGACGCAGUUGAAGGUUCUGCUCCCAGUACGUUUGGAGUUUUUCUUUGUGCUCUGUCUUAUUCCACUACUAAUUUGUAUUUACUGCUACUCACGCUCCAUCUUAAUCCUGUACAGCCGUGCCAGGAUAACUCGAAUGCAGAAGCAGAAGGCCAUCGGCAUGGCCUCGGGGACUUUAGCUGUGUUUCUCAUUUGUGUGCUGCCAUAUAACAUUUCUCAUUUACUGGGUUACUUCCAGGGUAAAAGCCCACAAUGGAGGUACUACACCUUGCUGCUUAGCACCUUCAACACCUGUAUUGAUCCCAUCAUCUUCUACUUUUCCUCCUCCUCUUUCCACUGCACUAGUCAAAAGUCAAUUUUCAGGAAGCGUGGACACAAUGUUUCAGAUGCACAAAAGCAGACCACAAGCUCUAGCUAAGAGCAAUAUACACGCUGACUUUAAUACAAUAUGUACAUAUCCAGCUUCAACAUUAUUAUUGUACUUUAUAUUAAGGACAUCAGAAUGUGUAAUGCAGAACAAGCGGCUUUGACAGUCCAGCUCAUUUAUAAAAAAUUGUCUCUCAUCCAGGUUUUGCUGUCUACUGGUUAACAAAAUAUCUUGUUAGAGGUGAUCUAUUCCUGCUCAAAGGGACUGAGCUGCUUCAAUCUCAAACCAUUGUAGAUCAUUUUAUGACAAAACCACAAUACAUGUUUGGUGCAAAUGCAAGAUUCCAAAUUUUAUUAUUUUACAGUAAAUUAUCUUGUUUUGAAUGGGAAUUGAUAUCCUUUGUACCCUUGAGACAGUAUUUCCUGUUUACUUUAACGCGGGCCAGUCACUCUUCUGCACUCAUGCAUUCUGUAGGCACACAUGUAGAAUAUACCUGCAAAACAAAACAUAGGUUAGCUGUAAAGGCCUUUUCUAUAGUACACAAACAUAUCAAGUAAGAUAAUGGCACAAUAACAAAAUUGCUUUUGAGUGUAACUCACAAUACACAUCAGAAACUUUAGUAAAUACUGUAAAUAAAAACUGUCAUAAAAA